AUGAUGACCAUGAACGGCAAGCAGCAUUUCUCCAUGCACCCGGCUCUGCACGAGCCCAAGUAUCCCGGCCUGCACUCAGGCUCGGAGGGCAUGCGCAGAGUCUGUCUGCCCGCCCCGCAGCUGCAGGGCAAUAUAUUCGGAGGCUUUGAUGAGAGCCUGCUGGCACGGGCAGAGGCUCUGGCGGCUGCUGACAGCAUUGUCUCUCACGGCAAGAGUCACCCGUUCAAACCAGACGUGACUUACCAUACCAUGAGCAGUGUCCCCUGUACCUCAGCCUCCUCUUCUUCCUCCACCACUGUGCCCAUCUCCCACGUCCCCUCCACCAUCGCCUCCCACCACCACCACCACCACCUCGGACAGACCCUGGAGGCCGGGGACCUCCUGGACCACCUCUCCACCAGCCUGGCCGUGACCGGGAUGGGUGCUCCAGAGCCUCCAGGGAUGACCACGCCGGCGCACCACCACCAGCAUCCUCACCACCACCUGCAGACCAUGGGGCAGCUGCACCAGGCGAUGGCCACCAUGGCCCACCCUCACUCCCUGUCAGUGCACGGGGGCAUGGCGUGCGUCAACGACGUGGAGUCGGAUCCCAGGGAGCUGGAAGCCUUCGCCGAGCGGUUCAAGCAGAGGAGGAUCAAACUCGGGGUGACCCAGGCGGACGUCGGGUCAGCGCUGGCCAACCUCAAGAUUCCCGGAGUGGGGUCCUUGAGCCAGAGCACCAUCUGCAGGUUCGAGUCCCUCACCUUGUCCCACAACAACAUGAUAGCGCUCAAGCCGGUUCUCCAGGCCUGGCUGGAGGAAGCCGAGGCUGCGUACCGGGAGAAAAGCAGCAAGCCGGACCUAUUCAACGGGAACGAGAGGAAAAGAAAGCGCACUUCCAUCGCGGCGCCGGAGAAGCGCUCUUUGGAGGCUUACUUUGCCAUCCAGCCCCGACCCUCCUCGGAAAAAAUUGCGGCCAUCGCCGAGAAACUGGACCUGAAAAAGAAUGUGGUUCGAGUGUGGUUUUGCAACCAGCGGCAAAAACAGAAACGAAUGAAAUACUCUGCGGUGCACUGA